ACCAGUUACAUCUUUCACCACUCUGCUACCUCACAACGUAAUCUCGACCUGCUACUUCUCUCAAAGCCCUCGCCACCUCCUGCCUCCGCCGUCCUUGCCUUCGCCGCCUCCAUCCCUUCCGCCGCCGCCGCCUCUGCCUCCGUCCCUGCUGCGCCGCUGCCUCUCUUGUUUUGGGUCGCUUCCUGCACGGUUGUUGCCCUGUUCUCAUUAUCAACCUUCCAUUGUUCCUCAAUCCUCUCCACAAGCAAUUUUCCUCUUCCUCAUAAGGUAGCUUCAAAUCAUUCACUGAAAUCUUCUAUGUGGGGGGCAUGGGGGAAAGUUGCAAAUGACACAGUGGUGGCAAGAAUGUCAAAACUGGUUGAAGAGGCUUCUAGCAGAAAAUCUCGAGCACAAAGAUUCAUAGAUAAUUUUUCAAAGUACUAUAUUCCUGUGGUUGCCUUGAUUUCAGCUAGCAUUGCUGUGGUUCCGGUUGCAUUAGGAGUUCCUGAUAUUGAGCCUUGGUUUCAUCUAGCAAUUGUAGUUUUAUUGAGUGGAUGUCCUUGUGCUCUCAUCCUCUCCACACCUGUUGCAGUCUUUUGUGCUCUCACAAAAGCUGCAAUAAGUGGAUUACUGCCGAAAGGUGGAGAUUAUCUCGAAACACUUUCUGGAAUUGAGAUAGUGGCUUUUGAUAAAACGGGCACAAUAACAAGAGGAGAGUUCUCAGUGACAAAUUUUUGUGCUGUAGAUGACAUUAGCAUUGAGACCUUAUUAUACUGGGUUUCAAGUAUUGAGAGUAAAUCAAGUCAUCCAAUGGCAGCUGCACUAGUGGAAUAUGGAUUGUUGCACUCUAUAAAACCAGUGCCUGAAAAUGUGGAGAACUUUCAAAAUUUUCCAGGGGCAGGAAUUUCUGGUACAAUUGAUGAGAUAGAUGUCUAUAUAGGCAAUAGGAGAAUUGCUGUCAGAGCUGGCUGUGAAAGAGUCAAUAGCCACAUGCAAGUUCAAAGUCACGAGACUUCAACCCAAAAACAAUGUUGUGAGCCAACUCUAGUUGGAGUCUUCUGCCUAGUUGAUGCUUGCAGAUCAGGUGCUUUGGAAGCAAUAGAAGAGCUAAACUCAUUAGGUGUGCGAUCAGCCAUGCUGACAGGCGAUAGUGCUCAGGUUGCUAAAUUUGAGCAGAGCCAGUGCCCUCGUCAGACUAAUAGUGUUGAUUGCGGAUAUUAUGUGAUGAAGUUCAUGAAAGAUAUCAUCACUCACCAACAACUUGUGAUCCCAACGAAAUAUUUUGAAAAUUGUCAGUUCGUUUCCUACAAUGAAGAGCAAUUGCGUGAAGUUAAAGAUAAGUGGGCUGCUUAUGUUUUUUUACAAUUGUUUUUAGUAUUUAAUCUAUUGGAUAGUUAUCUAUUGGUUCUGUUUACAUGAGAUGUUACUGUGCUUAUAUGCUAUACCUUGUUUUAGCUUAUGUUACUGUGUUAUACCUUGUUUUAGUUUGGUGAUAUGUAUUGAUUUUGCAGUGA